AAUGCUCUUAUCAAAAUGACUCGAGGACUCAUCACGUCUGUCCAUUGUCAGUGAGAAAACAUUUACUUCGUGAUAAAAACAUUAAAGUAACAUAAAGGUGCUUAAAUGAAUAAUGUAAAAUUCAAAUUUCGAACAAACAUACCACGCUGAGCUGUUUCUAAACUCACAUUCCAAUUUCAAAACUAAAAUUCGCGGGUAAAGUUUUCGAAGCAACUUUUAUUCCAAAAAAUCGUUUGUUUCGUAUACUAAAUAUUAAUCGUAACGAUAUUAGAAAGUAUUCUCUAAACAAGAGCACUAAAAUCUUUUUGUAUUAUUUUUUUAAUAUUUCGUGUACUUACCUAACUCGUUAUCCAUUGGCUGACACUGUUCAUACAUACAGCAGUUUUAUUACAUUUAGACUUGCAGUAAAUCACAGAUUCAAAGAUGCCUUUUUUGGAGAUCGCAUUUCAAGCAGAGAUAAGCAGAUUUGAAGAUCCGGAGUUUGAAGAGUGUGCCCGUCGCAAUUGUAAUGAGGACCCAAAGACGAGACACAUAGUCAUCGAAGAGUUGAGGAAUAUGAUAUACCAGAGAGGCGAAUGCAACCCACGCCGGACUGACGACGCGUAUCUCCUUCGAUUCCUAAGAUGUCGGAGAUUUAUACCGGCUCUUGCGCAUAAAUUGAUGGUACGUUAUGAAGAUUUCCGUCGCAAGAACUUGUAUCUGUAUCACUGCAAUGCAUUUGGAUUACAUCGUGUCAAAGAUGUGUAUGCAGGGACGUUCCCAGAUAGUCCUGUAAAUGGCAGGAUCACACUCAUGAGAUUUGGUCGAUGGGAUACGGAUACAGUUCCAAUAGAAGACGUAGUGCGCUGUGCUCUUGUUAUGGACGAAGUGGCCGCCUUGCAGCCAAAGCUACAAAUCCUGGGUGUUACUAUAAUAGUUGAUUUAGAAGGUCUUAGCAUACGUCAUGUUAGGCAUCUAACACCUACUAUUGCGCACCAGAUCGUCAGUCUAAUGGGGGUGUCGUUCCCAAUACCAAUCCACGCGCUUCACGUCAUCAGGUAUAACUGGAUUUUGAAUACCUUCUUCUACGUGUUCAAGCAGUUUAUACCAGCAGCUGCUUGGGACCGCCUGCACUUUCACGGCUACGACAUGUCCUCCCUCCAUAAACAUAUCGACCCUGAAUAUCUUCCCCCCGAAUACGGUGGGAGAUGUAGACAUGUAAUAACAUUCGAGGAGUGGGUCAGAAAACUUGACAGAUACAAGGACGAUUUUAUGGUUCAAGAGUUAAGAGAAUUAGGUUUUACUGUGAAAAAGUAAUUAGUACUUGUCUAAAUUUCAUGGGUUUUUUCUUCAAAUAUGUAAUCGUGGUUUCGAAUAUUCUAUUACCUAAUCAAAAUCAUACUUUGUAUUUUUUUUUAAAUUAACUAUUAUUUUAUUUUUAUUGUAUAUACAAACAAAACCGACAGAUAUCCUGCCUGUGUACAUAUAUAAACCAACUGUCAUCACGAUCGGCUUAAUGGUGUACAAGUUGAUGUGUAACAGCGCCAUCUAGCGCCGAGGCGAGAUACUACAACACAGUGUAUAGUAUAAAAAUCUAAAUUAUCAAAGUACGCUUUUCGCAGUCGAAACUGUCGAGGACUAUUAAUCACAAUUACAUAACCGAACAUCCAUUUUAAAGUAAUCUAGCUGAGCUUGUGGCUUUACCCGCACGACAUUUAUAAAACUCUACUUAUAGUGCAUAAUUCCCCCCAUUUUACCCCAAAUUAAAUCCAUACCAAAUGUCAUCUAAACCGGUUCAGCGGUAUAAGCGUGAAGAGUUAACAGAGUUACAUUCGCAUUUAUAAUAUUAAUAAGGAUAAAAAAUGGUGAUAUUAAUAAAUAACAAAAGAAAUACAAAUCUUUACAGUACAAUUAUUUAUAAUCAGAUAAUCACGAUGUUGGUGAAACUGCUGAUAGCAUUUCGAUCUAGAAUCUCUGUUUUAAAUCUUAAUAAAUAAAAUAACCAUUGUGUCAGCAGUCGAAGCAAUAAAAUUAUAGUUUAUUAUUAAUAGUUAUAAAUUAUGACAUACAA